AGGAAAGCAGAGGAAACGUAAUGAGGUUCUUGUUCCAGUGCCCUUGUUGCUCAUGUUUCUACUUUAUGAAGCCUAAUAAGGGGCAACCUAAGGUGAAGGAUGCCAAAGAAGUGAAGGGAGCAAAGGAAGAAAAGGCAGAAAAAGCAGAGUGAGAGUGGAAUCCCAUUUGGCCUUUUACUUUUCUGCAGCUCAAGUUAUAGUAAUUGUCUGUAGAGCGUCUUGGCUGAGUUUAUAUGAAUUUCUGGCUUGUUAUCCUUCAUGUAGGGCAAAUCACUGAUAAUAAGAUUGUUGUUUUGUC